AUGCCGUUUGGGCCAUUCCCACCUUCUAUUCGCCGGCGCGUUGUCGUCACCGGCCUUGGUGCAGUGACGCCGCUCGGUCUUGACGUUGCGUCAACAUGGGCAGCGCUCUGUCAAGGCCUUUCUGCGACACGCCCUCUCGCGGAGGUGCCUUUUUUCUUUCCCGUGUGCCUUGACACAGACCGGCGACUCACACCAGCGGCGCAGCAGAAGUGUCAUGAACAGUUGGUUGCCAGCAUGCCGUGCAAAGUCGCUGCGCCCGUGUGUGCGGCCCCAGGUGGGCCCACCUUUGCCUCCAAUUCACGUGAAACACGCGCGACGAUGUUCGCAUACCGAGCCGUAGAAGAAGCAUUGACACAAGCAAAGCUCUUUGAAGAGUCCGGGAAGCAACUACAUGUGUCAUGUGCGAAGGAACGUAUUGGCGUGAAUAUUGGUGUUGGGAUUCCUUCCCUUGCAGAUGUGGCCGAUGUUUCGUACAAUUUGUACGCCGAUCCGGAACGCGUAAACUACAGUCGUGUGAACCCUUUGUUUGUUCCAAAAAUUUUGGGAAACAUGGUUGCGGGCCUGACGGCAAUGAAAUACCAAAUUACCGGACCCAUAGGAAGCAGCGUUGCUGCCUGUGCCACAGGGGCACACUGCAUUGGAGAAGCCGCUGAUUGGGUUCGUGGUGGGAGGGCGGAUGUGGUGGUAUGUGGGGGAACGGAGGCGUGUAUUACGCCUGUCUCCAUAGCCGGAUUUAGCCGCAUGCGUGCACUCUGUACAAAGUACAAUGACAAGCCUCAGGAGGCGUCGCGGCCGUUUGACAAAGAUCGUGCGGGCUUUGUGAUGGGGGAAGGAUGUGGUGUCAUCGUUCUGGAGGAGUUGGGGCACGCCAGACAGCGCGGGGUACCCAUCCUCGCUGAACUGCGCGGAUUCGGCAUCUCAAGUGAUGCACAUGAUUUGGCCGCACCACACCCAGAGGGCCGAGGGGCGCAACACUGCCUCCGUGUUGCGUUAGAAGACGGGGGAAAUGUUCCAGCGACCGAGGUGGCGUACGUGAACGCACACGCCACGGGUACGAUUGGCGACGAUCUGGAGCUGCAUGCCCUCGACCAAGUGCUGGGGGCUGACGCGGGUUCCGGCCACAACCGCCGCCACCCGCUUUACGUUAGUAGCGUGAAGGGGGGCCUUGGGCACCUCUUGGGGGCCGCAGGCAGCGUGGAAGCCAUUGUCGCCAUAAUGGCUCUCCAUCGCCAGCAGGCACCACCGAACAUUAAUCUCAUCGCACCCUCCGCGAAGGGGCUGGAGCGUCUGCAGCUUCUGCGGGGCCAUGCGCCGCUUCCCUUUCAAGGUGAGGCCGUCAUCUCCACAAGCUUUGGCUUUGGCGGCGUCAAUGUGGCGCUGCUCUUCACGCUGGUGUAG